AUUAAUAUUAAGCGCAACAUUUUUCAUGACACUGUAAUGCUACAGUUCAGGUGUUUCAAUUCCUCCCACCGUCCACCGCCGGCUACCGCUGCGAGAUAGGGUUCUGGUGAAGAGAUCGGGAAGACUUGCCACGUACGGCCUCGUAUUCUAGAAAGUUAUAGCAGUAAUGGUGGAGGUAUGGUGGACACUGGUGGGUGCAGCUAUUCCUGUUUUGGUUGGUGGUCAAGCUUUGAGAGUGAAGGCGAGGCAUGCCGAGGAGCAACGGAUGAAAAGUGGUCGGGGCAGGGAGAAGAGCGCGGACGACAUCUUUGUGUGUGAGAGGGUUUGCACAUCGAAGAGAAUGCUGAAGAAAGUCGGGGCCUUCUCCAAGGAUCCGAUCCCAGACACAUGUGUCACGGUGUGUGGAGUUUCAGAAGUUGAUGCUUGCGCGGAUGCCUGUGCUCGAACUGUGUGCGUUAACCAACACCAGGUACCCAAUUGGAACGAUGUUUGCCUCCGUAGAUGUCAGAAUGAAUGUCUCAAGUUAUCUGCUUCAUGACAUAACAUAUUACAUGUGUAUGCAUCUCCUUUAUCACUUAGUCAUCAAUGUUGCACAAAACGGUAUUUUAGUGUUUUGCCUCUGCGCCACAACAUUGAGAUCUGUUGGAGUUAUGAUAUGUUGCUCAUUUGCACCCUUCA